AUGCCGACUGCAACAAGAACAUACGACCUGGGAGUGCAAAAGGUGUCAGCCAAUAUUCCCGUCGAAGAUAUGAUCUACCUCUUGAAACGAGAUGGAGGUGUUUUCAUCCAAGGCCUCAUAGCAGAAGGGGACGUUGAUCAAGCAUACGAGGACUGCAGAAAACGAGGCAACUUCUUUUCCAAGGAGACGCAACGAGCCCCAAGCCUUCUUGCUCUGAGCUCAACAUAUGCAAAGACACAAAAGUUACAAAAAACCAAUGGCGGUACGCGAUUUAUUCCUGGAAGUCAUCUGCGGGGGAGCUUCCGCAAAACUCCACCAGAUGUCAAUUUGUGCGACAUUCUGCUUCACGGCGGUGGUUACAACCAGACCGAAAAUGAGAAGCGUCUGGUGUUCGCUACCUUCGUCACCCGUGGGUAUUUGAGACAGGAAGAAAACCAGCUCCUUGCCGCUCCCGCGGAAGUAGCUCGGAAAUAUCCUCGUGAGAUCCAAGAGUACAUGGGCUAUGAACUGGAGUUGUUGCUUGAUGUCUUCUCCAGCUAUUCUGAGUGGUUUUCAUUUCAUGCUUACAAGGGGACUUGA